UGACCUCUACUGCAGUUGAAAAUACUUGGAGGCGGAGGUUGAAUCCAUUGAUUUUCUGACAAUGUAAAACGUCUUUGCAAGGCUACUGUGACAAUUAAACUAGAAACCAAUUUAUUUAGUGAACAACCACCCCAAGAAGGGCUUAUGUGCUCCUCGUCGCUUGAUUUCCGAGUCGGGGUGCUCUGUGUUGCUGGGGUAGAGUCCGUUUUAGCUGCACUGCAUCAACAUGGGUGUGAUUGGUGUGCAGCUGGUGGUUACCAUGGUAAUGGCCAGUGUAAUUCAGAAAAUUGUACCUCAUUACUCUUUUGCAAGAUGGCUACUCUGCAGUGGCAGUCUGCGGUGGUACCAGCACCCUACAGAAGAUGAGUUGAGGAGCUUAGCUGGGAAACAAAAAGGACAGAAGCGGAAAGACAGGAAGUACAAUGGUCACAUAGACAAUAAGCCACUAACAGUUCCAAAGGACAUAGACUUGCAGCUGGAGACGAAAUACAUCGCAGAAGUCGACACAUUAGCAUUGCACUACUUCCCUGAGUUCCAGUGGCUGGUAGAUUUCACAGUAGCAGCAACUGGAGUGUAUCUGAUAACAGAGCUUUACUACAGUGUGGCUCAGCCCUCGGGAGAGAUGAACAUCAGUGUGGUCUGGUGCCUACUAGUGCUCGCCUUUGUCUUUAAGACCCUUUUUUCUCUAACAGCGCAUUAUUUCAAGUUAGAGGAAGGAGGCGAACGCUCACUCUGCAUUACCUUUGCUUUCUUUUUUUUCGUCAAAGCCAUGGCCAUUCUCAUCGUUACUGAAAACUACCUAGAGUUUGGUCUGGAGACAGGUUUUGCAAACUUCUCUGACAGUGCUCAAGAAUUUUUGGAGCAUCAGGGCUUAGAGUCACAGGGUCCCAUAUCUAAACUCACCUUCAAGCUGAUCCUGGCCCUGCUCUGCUCUCUGAUUGGAGCUUUUUUAACUUUCCCCGGUCUACGACUGGCCCAGAUGCACCUAGAUGCACUCAAUUUAACCACAGCCAAAUUUACACAAACUCUGCUUCAUAUCAACUUCCUGUCCCCCCUCAUCAUGGUCCUGUUGUGGGUGAAGCCUAUAACCAAGGACUACAUAAUGAACCCCACUUUAGGAAAGGAGAGUGUGCCUUUGAUGACUGAACAGACGUAUGAUACUCUGCGGUUAUGGGUCAUCAUAUUGAUGUGUCUGCUCCGGCUCGCCAUGAUGAGACAUCAUCUCCAGGCCUACCUCAACCUGGCACAGAAGGGUGUGGACCAGAUGAAAAAGGAAGCAGGACGAAUAAGUACCGUCGACCUGCAGAAGAUGGUUGCACGUGUUUUUUACUACUUGUGUGUAAUCGCGCUACAGUAUGUGGCACCCCUGGUAAUGUUGCUACAUACGACUUUGCUGCUAAAAACCUUAGGUGGUCACUCCUGGUGGGUCCAUCCUGAAGAAGACCUGCCUUGCACCCAUGAAAUGAACUCCGAUUCUGUGAUGGGGACAGAACAAAUAGCACCCCCAACACCAGCUUCAGUGGUAGAAACAGGAGCCCGGGCAUCAGUUGCCCAGCUUUCAAUGGCUCUCGGAGGCCUGCAGACUGUUUUUAGCCCCUUACUUUUCCGGGGCCUCUUCUCCUUCUUUACUUGGUGGAUUGCUGCCUGCCUUUUCUCCACCUCGCUCUUCGGCCUGUUUUACCAUCAGUAUCUCAUGGCGGCAUAGCAUCAGCAAUGCAGCAGUGGCAUCCAAACCCCCACAGUGCUACGGUCGAUUCAGCCUGGUCAGAAAGGAUUGAGUGGGGGAAACUGAGGCCUGCUGAUGACUCUACUUCACAACUCCCCCUUCCCCUCCCCCCUGCCUCUAACAACCUCACAAUGACUGAUCAUAUCAUCAGAGAUCCUGGUUUGACUCCCAGUGCUUCCUCCACAGAUGACUGUGAACUCUUAUUGUUAUUAUUUCUAAAACCAUUACUUUAUUUGGGCAGCAAAGGUUCUAAAUCUUAAUGAGACUGUAUAUAAGAGGAUUGUUAAUCAUUGUCAUUAAUUGGUGAUAUGAUGAUAAAUAUGAUUCAAGCUACUGUAGGAAAUAUGAAGGAUGAAAUUACUCCGAGAUGCUGAUUUUAGUUAAUUUUAUAGAUUGAAAUGUGGUCUAGCACUUCUGCUCAGCUCUGCCGUUUUUAUAAAAGCCAAUCGGGGGAGUUUAAUCAGUUGUGUGUGUGUUUCAUAAGACUACAUGCAAAUAAUUUAAUCCACAAACAGUUUUAGGUUCAUAAUAUUUCUAUUUGUUGUUUUGUUUUUGUUUGUUUGUUAAAUGAUGGGAAACUGACAUUGCCAUAAUUGGUGGAGGGGGAAAUACGUUUGUCUCAUGCUGAAGACUUUAAAAUAUAUGUUUUAUAAAUAAGAUGGCUUGUUUUCCUAAAAUGUCUGAAAAAAUGUCUUAAAAUGUUAAGGACCAGUAUGUCUCUCUUUAUUUAAGGAGAGGGUGACAGCCUGCAGAUUUUCCCAAUAUAGCUGGAUGCGAACACCGUUACCUAACCAGGAUUAAAGAGUGAACAACAAAAGCUGUACUUGCAGAGGAGCAAGAGGAAAUGUUACUCAUAAGAAGCCAUCUUAUUGACCUGAGGUCAUUUGUUUUAAAUUAUCUAGCUGAGCUUACUGUAGAGGAAAGACCUAUGUUUUGAAUUACCUGUUCCGGUAGAUUUAUGUUUAACUUUCAUUUUAACCUUGCUGGUUUUAACUGAGCCAUUUUAGCAGCUAUGGGAGAAUUCUGUGCUGUUUAGAAGCAGCAAAUAUGGCGCAAAGGGAGGACAGCACAUAGGGCUCAGUCAGGGUACGUGUGUGUCCGUGUGUGUGUGUCUACAUGUGGCUACGCUGUAGGUCAGCAGUAAACUGAAAGGGCAUUGUGAACAAGAGAUGUCGUCAACCACUGUUGAUAGAAUACUACAUUGAUAUUCUCCAACCUUUUUUUAUAUUAUUCUUUUUCUAACCGAUCAAAUUGUGCAUUUAUAGAAGUUUAGAUCUUUUUUUUUUUUUUUUUUGGAAGGUGCCAAGUGACUCUUCAACCCCGGUUUCAGUCACUGUGGGUUAUAUGUCUGCUACUGUAUUGCAAUUAUGCGGCCUUCAGAUAUCUGUAGAUCCAUCUUGGUACAGAGGGAAUCACUAUUUUGAUUCACUAAAGGACAUUAAGCACUCCCUGAGUUUUUGUAUCCUGUAAAUCUUUAUUGGAUAAUUGUACACACAAUCAUUGUGUUAAUGACACACUAGCCAACUUGAUUGUCCAGUUUAUUAAGAAUGUAAGGUACAUGGUGUCAGGUUAAUUACAAAUUACACAAUUUGUGCUUUUCUGACCUGGUGUUUCAUCAUUGCUCUGGUUAUAUUAUAGAGCUGGAAUUGUUUUAAAUUUUGUACUCAACAUAAGGUCCAGCAGCAUCAUAUCAACAUUUCCAAACUCCUGAUGUUGAAAGUCUUAGCUUUAGUUUACGUCUGUUUAAAUAUGGGGAGUAUGCACAUAAUGAAUGUAUCAAUCCUGCCUGAUUUCUAAAUUGUUUUCAUGAAAAUGAUUUGUAUAAGUUGAUUUAACACCCCUGCAUUUGUCAAACUCUGUGUUUUAUCUGCCUCUCAAACAAAAUCUAGUUUGUCCUAUUUAAUGCAUUGAUUGUUUUGGUUUUUUUGUAUUUAUUACUUAUGUUGAGGUCUGUAAACAUUUCUAAUUUUAACAUCAAACCAUUAUCGAUGGAGUGCAUAAUAACUAAAAUCAGAUUUAAAAAUGUGUUUGACAAAUCAAAUUAACCUUUCCUUCAUGAUGUGGUCCAGAUGGCUAACAAAUACUUGGGAUUCUUUCAAAGUUAUUUGGCCUAAUUAGGCUUGAAGAAAUAGUUUCUUACCACUGAAAGUGUUCAUUACUCAUUGUUGGGUUCACAAAGUAAAUUACACACGUUCUUUCAUGUAUUUAUUUUCUGCUUCAGAUUUUGUCUUAAAUAAAUUAUGUUCUU